AUGGACGUCACAGAGGACAGUAUGAACGUCCACCACCGGGAGGACGACGGGACAGUGUACUUUGAGACCUACGUCCCCCCGGCCCGGGACGCCAUCUACCUGCCCAAGCACGUGCUGUACCUGCUGAUGGGGUCCUUCAUGGUGGUCGGGGUGCUCUACGCCAUCAUCGGCCACCUCAUCAAAGACCUCAUUCAUGACUUUGCAGACUGGCUGUUUGGAGAGCAGCCUGAGGAGCUGGUGGUGAACUUUUGUGAGGCCAAGGAUAAGUUCAUGGCGGACUGGUGUCCGGAGACUUCUCCAGAGCUGGAAGCGAUGGCCCGGGCCGAGCAGAUCAAGGUGGUCCUGGAAGCCAACGAAUACUCCCCUGCCAUCUGGAUCAUAUCGGACGGUGUUGAGCCGAAACCGGCCAGGAAAGGACCACGCGUGGCGUUCGGGGCAAAAAGUUAGAUCUGGGGAUGUUUAUUUUGAAUGUUCAUAUUACGCUGUCUAACUGCUCAUAUUAUUGCUGUGCUUAAAACCUUGCUGUACCAACAGUGAUAUAUUGUUUCACCUUCUUAUGACAAAUGUACCUUUUGUAAGAUGCUUGGGAUAAAAGCGUCUGCGUAAUGCCCUAAAUGUAGGCCUAAAAAUGUCAAUUUAAAACAUGGACGAAGGGCUUGAAGGCUUGUCUCGUGGAGAAUGAAUUGGUCAUAUCACGACAUCCAGUGGGCUUCAGGGGUAUUACAUCUGAUCAAUUUACCUCCAAACUGAUGCACGCACGCGGUCACUUCAGACAAAUCUGAUAAGACGAUUUCUUGAAUUUUUCUUCAUGGCUAUGAAGAUACAUUAAGUUUGCAAUGUACAAGGAACAACUCUGACUAUUCUACGCAAUGGUUUUAGGCAAUACUUGAUGUUGGUUGAAUAUAUACGAAUAAAUUAAACAAUCCGCCAUUUUUAUA